AUGGGUAUCAAGGGAAUCUACCAGGAGAUUGGCGAAGGUGAACGAGUCUCCUUACUUAAACUCGCCGCCGAGUCCUUAGAGAAGAAAGGACGGCCUUUACGAAUUGCCAUUGAUAUCGCCAUCUGGCAGUUCCAAAACCAGGCAGCCCAAGGCGGCACCAAUCCCGAGAUUCGAACAUUAUUCUACCGUCUUGUUCGUCUCUUAGCAUGUCCAGUUGAACCCGUUUUCGUUUUCGACGGCCCAUAUAAGCCCGAAAUCAAGCGAAAUAAAAAGUCUGGCCGGGGCAGUUCUUUCGCAAAUGCACAGGCAAAACGGCUAAUUCGAUUGUUCGGGUGCAGCAUGCACGAUGCGCCGGGAGAGGCUGAGGCAGAAUGUGCCCUCUUACAAAGGCACGGAAUCGUCGACGUCGUUCUAACUGAGGAUGUCGAUGCUCUGAUGUUUGGAUGCACACGGAUGUUGCGCAGAUGGAGUCCACAAUCGAAACGUUCUACUGUACCGACACACGUCUCGCUAUUUGAUACAGACAAGAUGGAACUCGAAAAGCAGGGCCUUGACCGAGAAGGCAUGGUGCUUGUCGCCUUGAUGAGCGGCGGUGACUACGAUCCUAACGGAAUCCCUGGCUGUGGUAUCAAGGUGGCUGUGGAGGCUGCCAAGGCUGGUUUUGGCAAACAUGUCUGCCGGUUGAAAGCAGUUGAUAAAGAAGGCAUCCAGGCUUGGAGGAACUCUCUGAUACACGAACUUCGAACCAAUGAGAAAGGAUAUUUCAAGCGACGAAACAAAGCCCUGACGAUACCGGAAGAUUUCCCCGACUUCAAAAUACUGCGCUACUAUACACAUCCUGUCGUGUCGCCCGAGUCCAGUCUAAACGAGAUCCGGGAGAAGGUUCAUCUGAGACGAGAGAUUUCACACGAGGACCUCAGAGAAUUUACGCGCGAAGUUUUCGGCUGGGAUUUCCAUGUUGGCGCCCUCAAGUUCCUCAAAGUGAUUUCGCAUGCUGUCUUGACACAAAAGCUGCUGGCCACGGGUGCAGAUAGAAAUGAGGGCUGGGUCAAAGGCGUCAAGGGGGUCAGGAAAGAUACCGCAAACGACUUGGUUCCCCAAAUCCGCCUCCAGCACGUUCCAAUCGAAGUCGUGCCUAUCGACUUGUCCAAGGAGGAAGAUGAAAAUAUCUUGCAAGGGCGAAGCGGCUUGGCACUGAACAGUGAUGACGAGGUCGAGGAUCAAGAUAGCACGGAGGCCCUUGUGAGCUCGAAGAAAUCGCCUGCCCCAUUUGACCCUUCAGAUUGUUUGGGUGUUUGGACAUUGGAAGCAUUAGCAAGAAUCAGUGUGCCGUCGCUUGUCCAUUCUGCGGCUACUAAAGACCUCAACAAGCCAGCCCGUCGAACUGUGCAGACGAAACAGAAAAAGUCCAAGACUGGACUAGAGACGGGAAUGUCUGCUGGCGCACUUAACAAGUUUGUGCGAACGACGAAACUCGGCUCUACAUCAGCGAGAGCCUCCAAAGAUAUACCCAAAGACACGCCCGGAGAGAGCGAUGAAACCACAACACCAGCCCAGACGACGACAUAUCGUCGACUGCAAAUACCGUCCCCUUUAGAGCCAAGUAAGCAGCCUACGUCAACCUUGGCUAGCCCCGUCAGGCAGACUUCAACCUCUCGGACGCUUGUUAGCUCACAAGUGACGCCUAGGACACCAAGACCUGCAGGCGGGCAACAGCAAGCGAUUGUUAUCACAUCUAGUCCGCCCUGUGCAAGGGACUCUCCUCCAACUUCCCCGUCACCACGACCAAGGGCUCGUGUCCCUGUCGCUCAGAAAGUAUCUAGCAUGGUGCAUACAAUUCCUGCCUCGAGCGAUUCUUCGCAAAGCUUGAAAGAUACAGCACGAGGUUUUGGACGUACGAGGCCCCCGCCUUCUUUUCCAUCAUCUCAGCCCUCCAAGUUGAAACAAACUUCCAUGGACAUGUUCACCAAAAAGUCCAAGAACACUAGUUCUUCCCUACCUUCUCUUACCAAACCCCCACCGUCACCUCCAAAGCAACAACGAAAGCCACAAGCUGCGUUCGAUGACGACUUUGAUAGUGACUCGUCUUCCGGUCUUGCUCCACUCUCUUCUCUCAUUACUGGCGCCCGUGUUUCUCCCAACAAGAGGCUCCAACGAUCUGCACUACCCAAUCGAAGCACUACCCCUAGUCCUGCGCCUGCACGGAAGAAGAAGUUACUCAUCCCAACGGCCAGCGCCGUGGGUUUCUUCGAAGAGGUUGAAGUGGAAGCUGAAAAGCGCGACGAGCUGGUGGCUAGGGAAACAGCAGCUCUGGAGCGCAGAGGGGUUCGGGCUAAGAUAAUUAGGGUGAGCGAUAUUGGAUUUAUAGACUUGACCCAAGAUGAUGAUUAA